GAGGCGGGCUGAGGCAGUCGGUGCGAGUUGGGAGACUCGUGAAAAUAAGCGAAGGUAGUGAUCUAAGUUUAACUAAGCGGUUACCCGGUCUAUUUAGCGGCUUCGCCGAGUUGAUACACUGCUAAGCACUCGUCCCAGGACAGACAGGAUUAAACGCCACUUUAACCCGCAACGAUGAUGUCUUCACUUGUCGCCGACUACGGCUCUUCAGCGUCGGAAUCGGAAGAGAACGCCGAAAGUAGUGAAAGUUCCGGCGAAAGUGGUGAAGAGGAUCAGAGUAAGAAGCAACCCGACAAAAACGAUCGGCCGAAGCUGCCUGUGCCAUCUUUUCAGUCUACCAAUCUAGGUUCGUCUUCGGUCUUCAACAAUCCUUUCCGCGAAGAAGAGAACGCGCAGUCAUCUAUCCUCGAAAGGCACGUCAAAAUGACGACGCCAGUAAGCCAGCAGACCACCGUUAAUGGGAAACAGAUAUGCUGGAACUACAGAAAGGGACGAUGUCGCUUUGGCCACAACUGCAAAUACGUCCACGACAGCGAUGUUGUGGGCCUGUCUGGCUCCACCCAAGAUCCCGAACCUGCUGAACCAGAAGUUGUGGCUGCAUCAGCAGCUGCGCCCUGCAAGGUCGGAAAUGAUGGAGCUUCUCAGAAGCACAAGCACAAGAGACCAGGGUUAUCGGACAGUGUGACCCCUUCAAAAAAGGCCAUGAAAUUUUACCACAAAACUCAAGGCAAAUAAUCAUCAGCUUAUGUUACAGCUUAUGUAAAAAAAAAAAACCUCGAGAGGUGUGUUUUUAGUGUUAUGCAAGUUUGCCUUUGCAGAAGGAUUAUGCAAGAGGCAUGUUUUUGUAUAUACCAUACACAUGUGCAUAUUUGCUGGUAGAGCUGCAAGUGUACGAUUUUUUCUACUGCACAGAUAAAUAUAUCUAGUGAGAAUUGUAGCUUAGUGUUUUCUUUAAUGUUUUUUUAUUUCGUGUGUCACACAUCCUGUAAAAUAAAUUUCAUUUUCCCACUCCA